UCGAAAGGGGAAGAGGAGGAAGAAGAAGAAGAAGAAGAAGAAGGAAGAUGGGUUACGUUCUGAGGGUGAGAGCUGCGUCAUUCUUUGCAGGGGCAGCAACGGCGUCGUUUCUGGGGCUUUACAUCCUUCACCAUGAUUACAAGGUUGCCCAUGAAGCUAUUUCCCAACAGAUGAAAGGUCUUCAUGAGUCACUGGAUAAAAGGAUUUCGGCUUUGGAAAGGUUGAAACAAAAUGAAGAUCCACAGCCUGCAGCAGCAACCGAGUAGAUGUCUUAAGAAUGCUUCUUCAGCUUGAUGUUGUGAAUCCAAAAGAAUAUAUAUAUAUAUAUAUAUAUAUAUAUAUAUAUAUAUAUAUAUUCACUCUGGAAGUGGCAUCUUUGUAGUUUCUUCUUUCUAAUAAAAAAAUCAUGAUUGCUCGCUCUGUGUAUGAUACAGUCCGUUGAGUUAACAAAUUACUAGAGACUCAAAUAUCUACGUUUUGGUAUGAGAUGGAAGUUGGUAUUCGUUUGAAUUUA